CACGACAGCACCGUGAGGAGGAAACUCCCCAAACUGUGCGUCCUCGUUAGGGAGCCUACAGACACACCGCUGGGAUUAAACAGUGAUAAGACCGAGAGAUCAUGGCUCACACUUUACCUUUCCCGGAGAUAGUGGAGCUGAACGUGGGCGGGCAGGUGUAUGUGACCCGGCUGGAGACUCUCACCGCGGCGCCCAACUCUCUGCUCAGGGCCAAGUUCACCAGCAGCUCCCCGGGCGAGCUGCCCAAAGACAGCAAGGGCCGCUUCUUCAUCGACCGGGACGGCUUUCUGUUCCGGUACAUCUUGGAUUACUUGCGGGACUCGGAGCUCUCCCUGCCCGAGUUUUUCAAAGAGCGGAGGCGGCUGCAGAAGGAAGCGGACUUCUUCCAGCUGCCGGAGCUGUCCCGGCUCCUGGCGGCCGGUAAAGACGGCUCGUACACGGAGGACAGCGGAGAGCCGGAGGAGGCUGAGCUCAGUAGCCCGGUCACCUCCUCCUCCGAUAGGACGCCGCGCUCCCCCGGGGCCGACUCCGGAUACAUCACCGUCGGGUACAGAGGCAGCUACACCAUCGGCAGAGACAUCCAGGCGGACGCCAAGUUCCGCAGGGUGGCCAGAAUAACCGUGUGCAGUAAGAUAUCUCUGGCCAAAGAGGUGUUUGGAGAGACCCUGAACGAGAGCCGGGACCCGGACCGACCCCCGGACAAAUACACCUCCAGGUACUACCUGAAGUACAACUUUCUGGAGCAGGCGUUCGACCGGCUGGCCGAGGCUGGCUUCCACAUGGUGGCCUGCAACUCCACCGGGACCUGCUCCUAUGGCAGCAAUGACCCGGGGGAAGACAAACUGUGGACCAGCUACACUGAAUAUGUUUUCAGCCGGUGAACUGAGCAAAAGGAUAUUAAACUGGUGUCAUCUACCAUCAACAGUAGAUUUUACAUGAAUUAGUCCAUAACAACACAAACUGACAGAUUCAGUCUCUUCUGGUUUUGUACACAGGAAAAAGUUUCCCAACUUAAGAACAUACUUCUGUGGUAACACACAAGUAAACUAUGUUUGUUUAAAGUAAAACAAACAUACAAACACACAUUUUUUAGUUGAAAAAACUUCUGUGUUACCAAUUUAAGUCAUAUUUUUGAGUUGGUAAAACAAUUAGUCAGUCAACUGUGGGCUCAUGUUGCAGCCAGACUUCACUUUUCUGCCAUUUUCUCUUUCUCUCUGCAAAAAGACUUUCUCCGAAUCCAAAUAUAAAUCUCAUUGAGUAGUGAGAAGAAAAACGUGACGUCGUUGAUUUGUCGCUAGAUCAUUAUUAUGGGUUUAUGGCCUCGUAUCCUUCAUGGCUUUCACAGACUCUGCUCUCUUCCAUGUAAAAGAUGGUUUCUGUUGAUCCUCACUGAGCUGUGUGUACAUUGUCACAUUAUUGUGAGGCUGCAGAUGUUCUGAACACAUUAUCCAGAUCACACAUGUUCUAUACAUAGCAUUCAUUUUGGCCCGCAGCUCCUUCUAUCCUCCUCAUAACGCUCAAGUCUUUCAUUUGUAGGAGCUGAUGCAUAGGAACGACAUUACAAUGAUAUAUUUUUUAUAUAUUUUCUUGCUUCACUUGAAUAUCGACCUCACAUCAUCAUUGCUUUUAAGAUUUUACGAUGGGACUUUGUGUCAUCUAUGAGCUGUUGCCGUUUCUUUUUUUUUUCUUAAACUAUAAAGCUACAGUAAAUAAAGUGUGACGUGUAACACUAUC